UUUUGUUGUCCUUCUACUAGGAAACUUCUCCUGGCAUUUUGUCCAGAUUUUGCCAAUUUUUCUGAUCUUUAGGUGCAAAUCUUAACUGCCAAGAUGACUGUGAGUCUAGAGGAAUACUUCAGGACAACUUUUGAGGACAAGCUCCUCGUAAAAAUGCCUGAGAGGGAGGAUGAUCACCUGACUCCUGCCACCAGGCUGCUGGAGAAGCGGCGAGAGAUGCAGGAAGUUGAGCAGGCACUAGCUGCUCAGAAAGAGGAGUUUCAGAUGAAGAUGGAGAGCCUGCAGCAGAGAAGGGAGGAACUGGAGAGGAAAGAGUAUCAACUUAAGGAGUCACUUCUCAAAUUUGAUAAAUUCUUAAAGGAAAAUGAUGCAAAACGAGCUCGAGCAGUCAAAAAAGCAGAGGAAGAGAAAAAAUUAAGUAAACAGAAAGAUUCAGAAAUAUCAAAGUUAGCAGAAGAUGUGGAUGAGUUGAGUAAGGGGCGUGACCAGGUGCAGUCGCGGCUGGAGAAGCAUGUUAUCUACCACCGCUACCUGGAGCGCGUGCUCGAGCAGGCCGAGGAGUUCCAUGAGAUACGGGAGGUCAUCGACCGGCACGGAACACUCGUCACCACUCAUGAGGACUUGCUUGAGCGUGAACAGAAGAACCAGGAUGCCAUGGAGAGGGAGAAGGCACGGCUGGCCAAGUUUCUGGAGGAGAAGAACAACGAGAUCAUGUCCUACAACAACGAGCUGGCUAACCUUCAGACUCAACUGGACAACGCACAGGCCUCAGCAGUCAAAUGGGAGGCCAUCUGGACUCACAUCAAGAACACAGCUGCAAAGAAGACACUUCUGUUGGGCAGAAUCAAGAUGGCAACACAUAACCUGUUCCAGUUGGUGAACAGGCAUCUGAAACAGGCUGUGGAGAUGGAGAACACACAUGAACAGCUCAGCAAGAUCCAGACAUUCAUCUUGGAUCUCACUCAGAUCACCCAGGAGAUCAAACGAGCAGAGACUGCCGCGGGGACGUCAAUUUUUGGGGGUUCAUCUUCGUAAAAAUCCCUCUGUCCCAAGGAUGUACAGACUUAUCUUUUAUAACUCUGAACCUACAUUUCUCUCCCCAGCAUCUACCAACUGCCUACCCCUCCUUAACCAGCUUGUCUCACACCAACCAGCCCUGCCUUGGCUCUCAACUCUAAAUGCUUGAUUAUCACCUUUUCUUCUCUAGUAUAUACUGCUUUUUAUCUUUCUUCUUACCUUUCAGUAACUAUCAGCUGUAGCCUGCACACAGCUUGAAAAGCACUUUUUCCCUGCACAAACUUUCCACCCUUUCUGUCAUAAGACUUGUAUCCUUUUUCGCGUGGCUACUUCACUCCUAACCCUCUCCCCACCCCUUUCCCCUCCUCCCCUGCAGAUCCAACAGUUCUGCCUUGACCUUAGCUCUGUGGUCAAUGACCUAAAGUCGGAGUUCACCAUCAUGUACACGGCUACUGGUGCCCGUAUGGUGGACAUACCCGCUAUGGGUCCUCCACAGCAGCGUAGGACCAGUAACACAGCCAAGCCGUCUCCCAGGAGGCCCAGUCAGGUGGAGGUGCACAUUCCAGGGAAGCGCCGGCUGUCGCAGGUGCAGAUCCACGCACGUUUCCAGGACAUCCCCGGUAUCGGACGGGACAGCCCGGACACCGGCAGGCGCAAGUCUAGCCAGUCUCGACUAAACAUGCAGAGGCCAAACUUGAAUUCUAAUGCUUCUUAGCUAGCGGGAAUUAUGGUUCUUGCAAGCAAAUCUUGCUAGUUUUUGCAUUGACAGAAAAAAGAAUUUCUGCUCUGAUUUACCUGUACAGUUUGUUCUGCACUGGUUUGAAUUUUGCAUCCUGAACUUAAUGUUGAAAAGGACUACUGUUUGUAAGUAUGACUUAUGGGACUUUGAUUACUGUACUUAUACGAGCUUAUAGCCUUUAUUACACCCAGUCUAGUUAAUGUUAAUCCAAAAGAUGACAAUAGUACUUCAGAUUUAAGGAUUCAUGAGCUGUUACAUGGCUGAUAUAAGUUAAAACAACAUCAAGCUGCAACCACUCCUUGAGCAUUACAUUGACAAUUCCACAAUGCUUGACUUCGCUCUAGGUUACAACCUAAGUGCCUUAUACCAACGUUAUGUGAGACAUUAGUCUUUCAUUUUU